GUCUCUAGCUAGCUCGCUGAGAGUAGUAGAAGAAGAUGACGCCAUGUCUCUCUCUCUCUCUCUCUCGCGUUUUGUUAGUCAAUCAAGCAUAUCCCACACAAACAACACAUUUCGCUUUGAUUGAGCGGCGGCUCUUUAGCUCUUGUUACUGUUCUCGGAUCGAUUUUUUUUUUUUUUGAAUCUACUGGAGCUGAAAGAAGAAGAAGAAGAAGAAGAAGAAGAAGCUGCUCUGCUUUGGAAUUCAAUUCACGAUUCGAAAGAUUCAUAGCGAUGUCAGAGAUGAUUUCGUGUUUAAACGACGUCGUAUUUUGAUUUCCAGUAUCGUUUCAGCUCUCUCUCUCGAGAGAGAGGAGUGUGAAUGUUUAUGUGGAGGAACGGAAGAAUGGCGGCGUCGGAUCAUAGCAGAGGUGGUGGUGGUCCUGUUGCCAGGGAUAUUGAGCAGGCUGUCACUGCUCUGAAAAAGGGAGCUUAUUUGCUCAAGUAUGGAAGAAGGGGAAAGCCUAAGUUCUGUCCUUUUCGCCUUUCUAAUGAUGAGUCUGUUUUGAUAUGGUUCUCUGGGAAGGAAGAGAAACAUUUGAAGCUCAGCCGUGUUUCUAGGAUCAUAUCUGGCCAGCGCACUCCUAUUUUUCAGAGAUGUCCACGUCCCGAGAAGGAAUAUCAGUCGUUUUCGUUAAUAUACGACGAGAGGUCAUUGGAUUUGAUAUGCAAGGAUAAAGAUGAGGCUGAAGUGUGGUUUAGCGGUUUAAAAGCCUUAAUAUCUCGUUGCCAUCAACGGAGAUGGAGGACCGCCGACUCAAAAAGUGAUGAGACGCCAUCGGAAGCUAACAGUCCCAGGAAUUACACUCGGAGAAGCUCCCCUUUACAUUCUCCCUUUAGCAGCAAUGAUAGCUUCCAGAAGGAUGACUCUAAUCACCAUCGUCUUCACAGUCCGUAUGAGAGCCUGCCUAAGAAUGGCAUUGACAAGGCAUUUUCGGACAUGUCAUUGUAUGCACUUCCCCCAAAAGGAUAUUUUCCCUCAGAUCCGACAAGUAUCUCAGUUCACUCUUUGUCAUCUGGAGCCUCGGAUAACAUACACGGUCACAUGAAAGGUACGGGUAUGGAUGCUUUUAGAGUUAGUCUGUCAAGUGCUAUUAGUUCUUCGAGCCAUGGUUCUGGUCAUGAUGAUGGAGAUGCGUUGGGAGAAGUUUUCAUUUGGGGAGAAGGAAUAGGUGAAGGUGUUUUGAGUGGUGGAAACCAUAGAGUUGGAAGUUCGUUUGAGAUCAAAAUGGAUUCAUUAGUGCCAAAAGCUUUAGAAUCUUCCAUAGUACUUGAUGUCCAGAAUAUUGCUUGUGGUGGACAGCAUGCUGUCCUUGUGACAAAACAAGGAGAAAGUUUUUCCUGGGGAGAGGAAUCUGAGGGUAGGCUUGGACAUGGUGUAGAUUCCAAUGUUCAACAUCCAAAGCUUGUUGAAGCACUCAGUACCACAAAUAUUGAGCUUGUAGCAUGUGGCGAAUACCAUAGUUGUGCAGUUUCUCUAUCGGGGGAUUUGUAUACCUGGGGUAAAGGAGAUUUUGGUAUUCUGGGACAUGGAAACGAAGUCAGUCACUGGAUCCCUAGAAGAGUGAAUUUUUUGAUGGAAGGGAUACAUGUAUCAUCUAUCGCUUGUGGACCUUACCACACAGCUGUUGUGACUUCUGCUGGGCAGUUGUUCACGUUUGGUGAUGGGACCUUUGGUGUUUUGGGCCAUGGAGACAGGGAAAGUGUUUUCGUACCCAGAGAGGUAGACUCCUUGAAAGGUCUUCGCACUGUCCGGGCUGCCUGUGGUAUAUGGCACACAGCCGCAGUUGUAGAAGUUAUGGUUGAAAGCUCGAGCUCUAGUAACUGUUCCUCAGGAAAGCUCUUUACGUGGGGCGAUGGUGAUAAGAAUCGUCUUGGUCACGGUGACAAAGAACUAAAACUUGUGCCUACCUGUGUUGCAGCUCUUGUAGAACCUAAUUUUUGUCAAGUUGCGUGUGGACAUAGCCUAACAGUUGCACUCACAACAUCGGGCCAUGUCUAUACUAUGGGUAGUCCUGUUUAUGGCCAGCUCGGAAACUCACAUUCUGAUGGAAAGUUACCAGCCCGGGUCGAAGGUAAACUUCACAAGAAUUUUGUCGAAGAAAUUGCUUGCGGUGCUUACCACGUUGCAGUUUUAACUUCGAAGACUGAGGUUUACACUUGGGGAAAAGGAUCAAAUGGUAGACUAGGCCAUGGGGAUGCAGAUGACAGAAACUCCCCAACAUUGGUUGAGACGCUUAAGGAUAAACAGGUGAAAAGUAUUACAUGUGGCUCCAACUUUACCGCAGCUGUCUGCCUUCACAAGUGGGCAUCAGGGAUGGACCAGUCCAUGUGUUCAGGUUGCCGCCAGCCUUUCAAUUUCAAGAGAAAGCGGCACAACUGCUAUAACUGUGGACUUGUGUUUUGCCAUUCUUGCAGUAACAAAAAGUCCCUGAAGGCUUGUAUGGCACCGAACCCGAACAAACCAUAUCGAGUGUGUGACAAGUGUUUUAACAAAUUGAAAAAGGCCAUUGAAGCUGCUGCAUCAUCUCAUUCUUCCUUGAGUCGAAGAGAAAGUGUCAACCAGGGAUCAAAUGCAAUUGUCAGAGACGAGAAGUUGGAUUCUAGUUCCGACGGACAGUUAGCUAGAUUCUCAUUGUUGGAGCCCAUGAGGCAAGUGGACAGCCGAACCAAGAAGAAGAAGAAAUACGAAUUUAAUAGUAGUCGUGUCUCACCAAUACCAAGUGGAGGCUCUCACCGUGGUUCACUAAACGUAACCAAGUCUUUUAAUCCAACUUUUGUAGCAUCAAAGAAAUUCUUCUCAGCGUCUGUUCCUGGUUCCAGAAUUGUGUCUCGGGCAACUUCACCAAUAUCAAGACGCCUAAGCCCACCUCGCUCAACAACGCCAACUCCCACUCUUUCAGGAUUGACCACACCAAAAAUUGUCGUGGAUGAUACCAAGAGAACCAAUGAUAACAUAAGCCAGGAGGUGGUUAUGCUAAGAUCUCAAGUUGAAAAUCUUACACGGAAGGCACAGCUUCAAGAAGCUGAACUGGAAAGAACAACCAAACAACUAAAGGAGGCACUAGCCAUUGCUAGCGAAGAAACAGAGAGAUGCAAGGCAGCUAAAGAUGUGAUAAAAUCACUUACCGCUCAGUUGAAAGACAUGGCGGAGAGAUUACCUGUUGGAUCAGCUCGGACUAUCAAGUCUCCUUCUCUUAAUUCGUUUGGUUCCAGUCCAGACUACGUUGCCCCUUCUUCUAACACAUCAAACCGUCCAAACGGCCGAGAAACUGAUGCUGACGUCCCAAUGUUUUCUAACGAGACCAGCACGCCUGUUUUCGAUGGUGCAGGUUACCGACAGCAAACGAAUCAUGCUGCUGAAUCGGUAAAUAGAAUCAGCACCCGAGCGAAAGAAAGUGAGCCCCGUAAUGAAAAUGAGUGGGUUGAACAAGAUGAGCCUGGUGUGUACAUUACUCUUACAGCCUUAGAGGGAGGGGUAAGGGAUCUCAAACGCGUCCGUUUUAGCCGAAAGCGGUUUAGCGAGAAACAAGCAGAAGAGUGGUGGGCAGAGAACAGAGGACGAGUUUACGAACAAUACAAUGUACGGAUAGUCGUUGACAAAUCAGGUGUGGGUUUAGGAAGUGAAGACUUGGCUCAUUAGCUUCUUUGCUUUAAUCCGGUUUUUCAUAGGUUUAUUGGGGUUUAUAACAAAACACGAGAGAGAGAGCCAGAGAGAUUAGGAGUGUUUUUACAUCUUUCAUUAUAGUUUGGGUGUUUUUCUCUUGUAAAUUCUUCUGUAAAUUCUAUAAACAUGCGCUGUCUUUGUCUCUAUAAAUGCUUUUAAUUGAUGUUGAAGUUGAAGCAGUACUAAUGGUUUGGAGCA